AUGUCCCAAAAGGAGAAAAGUAGUCUUAUCCAAAUGUUAAACACUUCAAUUGGCAAUCUAAGUGGCUUAUUUAAAAGUAAGAAAGAAGAAGUAGAUUUAGAAGUAGAAACUGAAGGGAUUCACUUAUCAGAGGACAAACAAGAAUCAGAAGAUAAGAAUCAACAAAGUUUAUUACUUAAUGAGGAAGAAGACUUUGAAAGAGAGAUAAGCCAGAUUUCACUUUGUCAAGCUAUACCAGAUAGUACACCAAUACAAACAGAAGAAGAAUCCUUAUCAGAAGAACCAAAUAACGAAGUAUUAAGACUCAAAAGAAUUCUAACAUUAAAAGAAGAGAUAAGAUAUCGAGAAAAAGAACGAGAAAAAGAAGCAGUUGAGUUGAAGGUCUUAGAACUAAUCAAGGUAGAAGCUCAACUGGAGUACGAACGAAAACAACGCAAGAUCUUAGAGCUAGAAAUUAGUGGCUUAAAAAAGAGGCUAGAAGGGAGUGAGUUAGAGUGCAUGGAGUUAGUUAAGUAUUGCAAGCUACUUCUGGAAGGUCGAGAAGGCAAGUAA